AUGUCCCUGUCUAAGAUUGCUACGGGCAUUCUUGCCUCGGCCACCCUCGUGGCGGGCCACGGUUACGUCUCUGGAAUCGUUGCCGAUGGCAAAUACUACUCGGGUUACCUCGUCGACAAGUACUCCUACAUGAACGACCCGCCCGAGACCAUUGGCUGGUCCACCACCGCCACCGACCUCGGCUUCGUCGACGGUACUGGUUAUGACACUGUCGACAUUGCCUGCCAUAAGGGCAGUGCUCCCGGCGCCUUGACUGCCACCGUGCCCGCCGGCUCGAAGAUCGAGAUGCAGUGGAACACCUGGCCUGAGAGCCACCACGGCCCCGUCCUCAACUACCUCGCCCCUUGCAACGGCGACUGCGCCCAGGCGGACAAGUCCUCUCUGGAGUUCUUCAAGAUCGAAGCCGAGGGUCUCAUCGACGGCAGCUCUCCUCCGGGCCAAUGGGCCACUGACGAGCUGAUCUCCAACAACAACACCGCCGUCGUCACCAUCCCGGCUUCCAUUGCCAGCGGAAACUACGUCCUCCGCCACGAGAUCAUCGGUCUUCACUCCGCCGGCAACCUCAAUGGUGCCCAGAACUACCCCCAGUGCAUCAACAUUGAGAUCACUGGUGGCGGCAGCACCAAGCCAUCUGGUGUCUCUGCCACGAUCUUCUACAAGAACACCGACCCCGGCAUCAAGUUUCGACAUCUACUCUGA